UUGAAUGGGAAACUACAGAACAAAACUAACAUCUCUUCCUUACAAAAACUUGCUAGAAAGGGACAAAAUAAAUCACACAAACCAAGGCUCGACAUAAUUUCUUGGUGACUUCCAUAUGGCUUCAUCCGUCUCUGAUCAGUCCGUACAACCUCAAGAUGUUUGUGUUGUGGGAGUGGCGAGAACGCCUAUGGGAGACUUCUUAGGCUCCCUCUCUUCUUUACCCGCCACAAGACUCGGCUCCAUAGCCAUUGAAGCCGCACUUAAGAGAGCAAAGGUUGAACCGGCUCUUGUGGAAGAAGUUUUCUUUGGCAAUGUUUUAACCGCCAAUCUUGGACAAGCGCCAGCAAGACAGGCUGCACUCGGUGCUGGGAUUCCCUAUUCAGUGAUUUGCACCACUGUCAACAAAGUCUGUGCUGCUGGAAUGAAAGCUGUAAUGUUAGCUGCUCAAAGCAUCCAGCUCGGUUUGAAUGAUGUUGUUGUCGCUGGUGGAAUGGAGAGCAUGUCAAACGUCCCCAAGUACCUCCCAAACGCAAGGAGGGGUUCACGGCUAGGACAUGAUACUGUUGUUGACGGUAUGACGAAAGAUGGACUCUGGGAUGUGUACAAUGACUUUGGAAUGGGAGUUUGCGGAGAAAUAUGCGCUGAGCAGUACCGUAUUACAAGAGAAGAACAGGAUGCUUAUGCUAUACAGAGCUUUGAGCGUGGCAUUGCUGCACAAGACACUCGGUUGUUCGCUUGGGAAAUCGUUCCGGUAGAAGUUUCUUCUGGAAGAGGGAAGCCAUCUGUUGUUAUUGACAAGGAUGAUGGACUGAGGAAGUUUGAUGCUGCCAAAUUAAAGAAGCUUAGACCAAGCUUCAAGGAGGAUGGUGGAUCAGUCACUGCUGGCAAUGCAUCAAGUAUAAGUGAUGGUGCAGCAGCGUUAGUGCUAGUUAGUGGAAAGAAGGCUCUUGAGCUUGGACUGCAUGUUAUUGCUAGGAUUAGAGGAUACGCUGAUGCUGCUCAGGCACCUGAGUUGUUCACAACCACUCCCGCACUUGCUAUUCCUAAAGCUAUAAUGCGUGCUGGUUUAGAUGCAUCUCAAGUGGAUUACUAUGAAAUCAACGAAGCUUUCUCUGUUGUAGCUCUGGCCAAUCAGAAACUGCUGGGAUUAGAUCCUGAACGGCUGAAUGCACAUGGAGGGGCUGUUGCACUGGGACAUCCACUAGGAUGCAGCGGUGCUCGUAUUUUAGUCACAUUAUUAGGGGUGUUGAGAGCAAAGAAGGGAAAGUAUGGAGUGGCAUCAAUAUGCAACGGAGGAGGAGGAGCAUCAGCACUUGUUCUUGAGUUCAUGUAAGCUCCUUGGUCGGAGAAGACAAUCGGAUAUUCAGCACUCUGAAGCUUGUUAUAGAAGGCAAAGGUUGUAAUGUGUACAUUGUUUUAUGUUUGUGUGUCAUGAGAUGCAAUAAAGGUGUGUUAGAAAAUCAAA